UAAUCAUGAUGAUGAUCGUGAUCAUGUUGACGAUAAAUUUGUUGUGGAGCUGAUGUUUGCUUUUAUUUGUUUUUGUGAUUUCCAUAGAAUUUGUUCAUUGUAUAAUGUAUUCAGUACGGGGACAUCAAUCGUUAAGCUUAAACAUUUUAACGUUACGUGAACAAAUUAUUCGUAGAAAUUUAAAUUUUUUAAGAAUUUCAUAAUAUAGUUUUGGAAUUUUCUUGGAAAAACAGCCCUAAUUAUUGUGAUUUUUUUUGAAAUUUUUUCUUAAAUAAAUAAAAAGUCUGUAGUAGUUUUAGUACGUAUGAGAAAAUGGCCAAAUUGUUGACCUAUAUUUUCAUUGUGUGUUCUUGCAUUUUGUGGUACUUCCUGUUGUUUGGUAGCGGCGGCGAUAAGGUGGGCGGCAGUGAAGGUGGUGGCGGCGGUUUUAUGGGUGUAGCCGCCACAAAUGGUCAUGGCAAUCCAUUGGAAGGUCGUGAUUAUCAUCAUACGGAAAGGGCUGGUCAUAUAAAAAGAGAUUUAAAUCACUGCUGGCGCCGCUACGAUGGUUAUAAUUUACAAAAUACUGUAGUAAAUAAAAAGGAACAACUUAAAAAGCCCUAUGGUAUUUUAUGUAAUUUUAAGUGCACCUGGUUUUUUACAAUAACAUUUCCCACAUGUGAAUUUAUUUAUGAUUAUAAAUUAUCCUGUUACUUAUUUACAUCACUGCCUGAUUGUACUACGGUGAAGUGUACGCUAUUAAAUUAUUUUACCUAAAUUAAAAA